AUGGCCUGGACGUCGUUGGCGCUGUUGGCGGUAGCUGGGGGGGGGGGCAGCGGGGUUGAGGCGUCGUGGCUGCCUUCGAUCGGCCCCAAGGUCUUCGACAAGGGGUCCAAGCUGCCGCUUUUCGUUAACGAGCUCACGAGUGUCCGCACGCAGGCUCCGUUGGACCACUACCACGUGGCCUACUGUCGUCCUGAGCACCUCCACGAAAACGCGGAGAAUAUUGGUGCCUAUCUGGAGGGGGACCGGGAAGAGAACUCGCUUUACGACCUUGAGGUCGGGGUGCUGCAGGCAUGCAGAGUUCUCUGCAGCAAGACCCUCAAGCCUCAGGAGCGAUAUAUGUUUGCCAGCGUGAUCCGCGAUGGAUACCAGUCUCACAUGUCCAUCACACACCUACCUGCGGCGUACGACCCGAAACCGGACGGUAAGGCGGGUAAGCUGACCGAGACCCCCGUGACCACCUCCAUGACGGACGACCAAGAGCAUGUUUACCAGAGGGGUUUCCCCGUGGGAUUCCGUGCGGCGGAUGGCAAGGCUUUCCUGAACAACCACCUUCGCUUCACGGUGGCCAUCAACGCUAGGGAUAUCGAGGAGACUCAGUUUCACAUCGUUGGUUUCCUGGUGGAGCCAAUGUCGGUGGUUCACGAGUUCCAGACACCCUACCAUGAAGGGGCGUUUAUCGAGACUUGCAGCGAACAAGGGUACACCACCAACGAUCCUAGCCGUUACCUUAACGCGGAGUACGAGGGCGAGAUCCUCUUCACCUACGACGUCACUUGGGACUACACCACCAUGCCGUGGACGCAGAGGUGGGACAUCUACACGAGCGGGGCCGUGGACAACCAGAUCCACUGGUUCAGCAUCACCAACUCUUCGGUGAUUGUCAUGUUCCUCACCGUGCUAGUGGCCAUGAUCAUGGUCCGUGCCCUCAGGAAGGACAUCCAGCGCUACAACGCAGAGGACAUGGAGGAGGCCAACGAGGAGACUGGCUGGAAGCUCGUUCACGGCGAUGUCCUCAGGCCCCCCACCACGGCUCCCAUGCUCUUCGCGGUCUGCGUGGGAACGGGUGUACAGCUGUGGUCGGUGAGCUUCCUGGUGCUGUUCUUCAGCGUCAUGCGACUUGUCAGCCCCCUCAAGCGCGGGGACAUGCUGACCGUGUGCCUCUUGAUCUACGUCCUCACCGGCGGCAUCGCCGGGUACAACUCCGCCAAGAUUCACCGUCGAUUCCGCGGCACCGAGUGGAUGAAGAUGACUCUCCUGACAGCGUUCUCGUUCCCGGCCCUGGCGGGGUCGGUGUUCGUGCUGGAGGGGAUCCAGCAGUGGUUCAUCGGCUCCACGGGGGCGGUGCCCGUCCGCAUCCUGGUGCUGCUGGUGGCGAUGCUGCUGUUCGUUCAGACCCCUCUCGUCUUCCUCGGGUCGUUUUACGGCUUCAAGAAGGAACAGCCGCCGCAGGUGGUAAGAACGAACCAGAUCCCCCGCAUGAUCCCCCAGACGCCAUGGUACGUCGACCCCAAGGUGGCCGUUCCCUUCGCAGGCGUGCUGCCCUUCGGGGCCGUGCUGGUGGAGCUGGUGUUCGUCAUGACGGCCAUGUGGGAGCAGCAGCUAUACUACAUCUUCGGGUUCUUGAUGUCCGUCAUGCUUAUCCUCACCGUUACCUGCGCCGAGAUCAGCAUCGUGAUGUGCUACUUCCAGCUCUGCUCCGAGGACUACCGCUGGUGGUGGCGCUCACUGCUGUGGUCCGGGUCGUGCGCAGGCUGGAUGUUCAUCUACUCUGUUGGGUACUACUUCACCGUGCUUAACAUGAGCGGGUGGAUGGCAGCAUCGCUGUUCUUCGGCUACACGUUCGUGAUGACGUCGUGCUUCUUCCUGUUGACGGGUACCGUGGGAUACUUCUCCUGCCAGUGGUUCAUUAACGUCAUCUAUUCCUCCAUCAAGGUGGACUAAUUUUACCUUUUGAGGGGAGUUGCCGUUACGAAACGGGAUGGUUUCUGUUGCGAUUUGGUCCGGCAGCACCCGCUAGUGGUCUGGGCGCGCGGGUGUAAUUUGUUUCAAUGUGUUUUCAAUUUUGGCGCUCUGUAUGCGUAUGAACUGCAGCGGUUUGUUGGGGGCGCUUAGUCCGAGGAGGGGUAUUCCUUUCAACCACGCGAGAUCUACAAAAUCUUGGUUCCUUGAAGCCCCCUUGGCUGACGCAUGGGCUACCUCGUAUGCUUGGGCUUUUGGUUGGGCGGAAGAUUGCUCCUUUGGAAUGCGGCGAAAUUUGGUAUGCCCUCUCCGCGUUGUGGGCGGUGUAGCUGUGAGGCCUCCCUAUACCGGCUUUGAUUUUCGUCGGAGGUUGUUUUUCUUUUGGUGCCGCCGCCGUCGGUUCUGGUUCCUCAGUCGUCGGUGUAGUGUUUGCGACGUCGGUUGUCGGUUCGGUCUAUCUACCCUUGGCGUUGCUCAGCACGGUGCGGUAUAUAGAGUCGAAAGAAGCCAGACGAAAACGACGAGGGCUGUAGCCUGCAGCGAUACAAGAGCGGCCUUCGAAGGCAGAAAGAAGAGAAGAGAAUCGGAGGGAAUGGACGCUUGGUGACGUCAGAGGGGGAGUGAAGAAGGGCGGGCCAAUCAGAGUUGAACAGGACCUGCCGGCAGUACGCUAGGCGUGCCUACAAGUGCAGGGAUAGCUUGCGGAAGUAUGGAGCUCUCGUAACGAUUGGCUCCAUCAAAAUGCGUGUUCAAGCAGGCGGAAGGUACGAUGAUUUUGUGUGCUUGGUUUUUGGCGCUACCUUUACUCUCCACUCCCAGCGCCUCGCGCGUUAGGGUUGCAGUUGGUACGGUGGACUUGCGACACGGCGGGGCUCCCAUUUCCGUGCUUCUCUCCUCUACUGAACAUCCGGUUUUGCAUCUGCGGGGCAGGCGCGCCUAUGUACAACGCGCACCAUUUCGGGUGAUUUCGUGUCUUGUGCGGAGGGAGGAAAAUGCGAUCGCUCAACUGCUGGAGGUCGGAAAGUUAGCUUCUCAACUCGCGGAGAGUCGCACUCGCGAAGAGUCGCAAGUAAGCACGACGCCGAGCGGUUGAGUCCUUUGUUUGCGCCGUCGAGGAGGGGGUCUGCUUUCCGUCAUGCUUGGCCGUAGCGUCGUGGCUGGCAUUCAGUCGACCCUCGCACCCCUUUGGCGUCGGACUAUUUUUUUCCUUCGGAACUUUUGGACCACAACAGGGUGUUUGCAUGGGGGGGGCGGAUCUGCACCAGGCACAUGUAGUGCCCGAUGGUUUUGGGGGGGGGCAGCUAGAGCAGAAUGUGGGUUGCAGCCCCAUGAGAUGUUUGCCACCGCAGUGGAUAACUAAAAUCGUUGUUGU